GAGAAAUGUCCUGAUUGCCAGUUUGAAAGGAGAUCGUGUUGUCUGCGUGUCACCGAGGCUCAUUAAUGAAACUUCUAGCUUGUGCUCCACGCUGCAGCUGCUCUGUGUGAGCAUGUUCUGGACUCAAUGACUGACUGACGCUGACUCUGCGUUGGCAGGCGACGGCAACGGUGAGCUCUCUCUGUCUGAGCUGAAAUGAAGUGCUAAAUGGUACAAGUGAAGGAGUUCCUUAAGCGUGACUAGCAGAAGGCAAGGCGACCCCCACACAGACAACACCGGGAGAAGCCCCGGGUGCAGCUCUGAGGCGGCUCAGCAGACAGACAGCCAUGGCUAACAUCGCGGUCCAAAGGAUCAAGAGAGAGUUCAAAGAAGUUCUCAAAAGCGAGGAGACAAGUAAAAACCAGAUCAAAGUUGAUCUGGUAGACGAGAACUUCACAGAACUGAGAGGUGAAAUAGCAGGACCACCAGAUACACCUUAUGAAGGUGGCAGAUAUCAGCUUGAAAUAAAAAUCCCAGAAACCUAUCCAUUUAACCCCCCAAAGGUGCGCUUCAUCACAAAGAUCUGGCAUCCUAACAUCAGCUCAGUGACCGGAGCAAUAUGUCUGGACAUUUUAAAAGACCAGUGGGCAGCUGCUAUGACCCUGCGGACCGUGCUGCUGUCCCUACAGGCUCUUCUUGCUGCAGCAGAACCAGAUGAUCCACAAGAUGCAGUCGUUGCAAACCAGUACAAGCAGAACCCAGAAAUGUUCAAACAGACAGCAAGGCUGUGGUCACACGUCUACGCCGGCGCUCCGGUCUCCAGUCCGGACUACACGCGAAAAAUAGACAAACUCUGUGCCAUGGGCUUCGAUAAGAAUGCAGUAAUAGCGGCCUUGUCUUCAAAAUCCUGGGACGUGGAAACGGCGACAGAACUUCUCCUCAGCAACUAGGACCCAUCCAGGGACACCGAAAAGUGUUUGGGUUUUAUCAGGGCCACUUAUUUAAAGGUUUCUUUUCAAUUGACCUCCAGAGGAGCAGCGAAUUAAAAUUUGAGUUAUUGUGCAAAACUCUCUGCUGCUGACGGUGAGACAAGUUCAGAGGCAGGCAGAAGGUGCAGUCUGCUUUACCUGUAAAUAGACGGACUUGUGAAGUGCACCAGAGUCUGCUGGAUCUACGUUUCUGUCAGAAAGGGGCAGAGACGAGACAAGCGGUCGCCUCCUACAUCCACCGCGUCUUCCUGCUGUUCUCACCAUGUACAAUGUUGCACGACGACGAAGCGUUAAAAAGAAGGGGGGGCUGUUGCAUCUCAGUUUCUCCAUUUAAAUAGACUUGUUUUGUUUUGUUUUUUAUUGGAAGCAAGCAUUAGCAGUAUAAAAAAAGCAUGGUUAUUUAUUGUGACAGUGUCAUGUUUUUAUUGAUUAAAAAAAGAAAAGUGGGGAAAAAAAAAAAGAAAAUGUUUGCCUGUGUUUUUGAAAUUGCACCUUGAAAACAGGGAUCCAAGACAAACUCUACUGCACCCAAACAUCUAAAAGCAUUUAUUUUUUGUGAAAAAAAGGUUAAAUAUAAUGAAAUGCAUUUUUUUAAAACUACAUCCAAAAUAAGUCAACACAAAAGGUUCCCGUUCACUUGAUGUUUAAAAAUAGGAAUUGCCCAACGUAAGAGUUCAAAAAAAUUUAAUUUGUUAGGAAAACACUAAAGAAAAAAAAAAAAACUCCAAAUGUGUCUAAUAUUGAUUUAUGCAUUCAAAAAGUGGAUUUUUCUUUUGUGUUGAUUUUAAAAAAAGACCAAAAUCCCUGAUGAACUGAAGUGCUGUGGCAGCAAACCGAACUUGCCCCACAGGAAGGCCGUCAAAAAGCAACUACAACUUUUUAAUCUGCCCUUCUGAUGCCUAUCACCUAAACAGUUUAUAAAAUCUGUCCAAUGCAUUCAAUGUCACCUUAAAUUCCUGCAAAGUAACUCACAUUUACAAAGUUCUUUUUUUUUUUUUCUUUUACUUUUGUGUGUAUUUACAAACUCAACUGGUGAGCUGGAAAGAAACCCUGCAGUCCAGACACAAAGGAGGAAGACAUCAAGACUCAAACAGCAGAAGAUGUUUUUUUUUUUUGUUUGUUUUCCCAGGAAAUUUAAUAAGCAAGAAUCAUUACCAGAUUAAAACGCUUGUAAAAUGUCCAUCCCGGUUGGUUUUAUUUUUUUCUUCUUAAAAAUGGCUCCAAAAAAGAACUGGAGAGCAACAAACAAAGGGGG